UUCAUUUUGUAACGAAACUACUGAUAUAUCAAUCCAUCUGGCUUUAGAAUAAUAAAAAAUGGCUGAUUCCGAGGAUGAAAGUGAUAAAGAUUUGAUGUCUGGAAUCAAUAUGACCGGUUUCCUGUUUGGAAAUAUUGAUGAUAAUGGUCAAUUGGAAGAUGAUAUUCUUGAUCCAGAAGCAAAGCAACAUUUGGCUUCACUCAGUCGUCUUGGUCUAAGCUCAUUUAUUCGAGAAAUGAUGCCCAAUGAAAAUAUGACAGAUGACAGGGAUGAUGAACAAGAUAAUAAACAUGAAGAAGAGACUGAAACUAUAGAUGAAAAUGAUAUAAAUUAUGUUGAAAAGUCACCGAGCGCUCUUGAUUUCUCUGAUAUAAAUGAAUUAGCAGAUGACAUAAAUGAGGAAAACAAUAAGCAAGGUAUAUUUGAAAGAAGAAAUGAAAAAGAAAAUGAUUAUGAUGCGGAUGAUGAAGAAGUUGUUAACAAAUCUGACACACAAUUAAUGCCACCUCCUCCAGUACCUGAGGAGAAGGAAGCACUCACAGCAGAGGAGGCUGAAGCUGCCCGUCAGCGGAAAUUAGAGACCCCCCUUGCUUCUAUGUUGCCAUCUAAAUAUGCUAAUGUCAAUGUCACUGAAUUGUUUCCUGACUUUCGUGCUAAUAAGGUAUUAAGAUUUUCGAGGCUCUUUGGUCCAGGAAAACCUAGUAGUCUUCCGCAAAUAUGGAGGGGUGUUAAAAAGCGGCGAAGAAAGAAACGGCAUCAUGAUGUUAGGGAUUCUGAUUCUGGUUCUGAUCAGGAUGAAAAAAAACCAAAGUUUAAAGGCUGGGAGAUGAAUUAUGGGCCAGAUCCGAAUCCAGAAAUGUGUUGUUCCGAUGAUGAGAAAAAGUUAUUGUUACCAGUAGAAGAUAAAGAACAAACUGGUAAAACAGGUGAUACUGGAGAAAAUGGAGAUAUGGGACCAAAAGUAGCAGAUUGGCGGUUUGGACCUGCACAACUUUGGUACGAUAUGCUUCAAGUCGCAGAAACUGGGGAUGGUUUUAACUAUGGAUUUAAGCUUUCGGAUAAGCUAGAGGAACAGAGUGAUAAAGAUACUACUGAAGAAUUUUCUGAUGAUGCAUUUUUAAUGGUAUCACAAUUACAUUGGGAAGAUGAUGUCAUAUGGAAUGGUGAUGACAUAAAGCAUAAAGUAUUACAGAAAUUAAACAGUAAAAACAAUGCAGCUGGCUGGGUACCAUCCAGUGGGAAUAGAACUGCUCAAGCAUUCAGUCAACCAGGGAAAGGUGCACCUGUUCCAGUUGCAUCAAAUGUUCGAUUAGCCACUUCACAAAUUACGACACCAUUACAUAUGCAGCCUCAGAAGAAUAAAAUGAGUAUGAAUAAGGGAAGUCAACAACAGACAAGAGAAGAAAAUUAUGAUGACACUUGGUAUUCAAUUUUCCCUGUAGAAAAUGAGGAGUUAGUAUAUGGACUUUGGGAGGAAGAAGUAAUUUGGGAUCCUGAAAACAUGAUAAAGAUACCAAAGCCUAAAAUUCUCACUUUGGAUCCCAAUGAUGAAAAUAUUGUUCUUGGUAUUCCUGAUGAUAUAGACCCAGCCCUGCUUCAUAAAGACAAUGGACCUCAACCAAAAGUAAAGAUACCCCAUCCACAUGUUAAAAAGAGUAAAUUGUUACUUGGGAAAGCUGGAGUAAUUAAUGUUUUGGAAGAAGAUACACCGCCACCGCCACCGAAGUCACCAGACAGGGAUCCGUUCAAUAUUUCAAACGACACAUAUUACAUGCCACGGUCGUCAGAAACAACAUUACGGUUGAAAGUUGGAGGUGGGAACUUAAUACAGCACAGUACACCUGUAGUAGAAUUACGCGUUCCAUUUAUACAAACUCAUAUGGGACAAAUGCGGCUUCGAAAUUUCCAUAGACCACCUCUAAGAAGAUUUAGUCAUGGUCCACUUGCACAUCCUGGACCUCAUUCUGUUUUGCCAUUAUUGAAGCAUAUCAAAAAGAAAGCCAAACAAAGAGAACAAGAAAGAAUUGCAUCUGGCGGAGGUGACGUCUUCUUUAUGAGAACUCCAGAAGAUUUAACUGGUAAAGAUGGUGAACUGGUACUCGUUGAAUUCUCAGAAGAGCAUCCUCCUUUGAUGAAUCAAGUAGGAAUGUGCUCCAAGAUGAAAAAUUAUUAUAAAAGAAAAGCGGGCAAAGAUCAAGGACCACAGAAAUACAAAUAUGGUGAAACUGCAUAUGCACACACCAGUCCAUUUCUUGGAAUUCUUACGCCUGGUCAAAGUAUCCAAGCGAUUGAAAAUAAUAUGUACAGAGCACCAAUUUAUGAACACAAAAUUCCAGAGACAGACUUCAUGGUUAUCAGAACAAGGCAGCAAUAUUACAUCCGAGAAAUGGAUGCUUUAUUUGUCGCUGGACAAGAGUGCCCAUUGUAUGAAGUGCCGGGUCCUAAUUCGAAAAGAGCCAAUAAUUUUGUCAGGGAUUUUUUACAAGUAUUCAUAUACAGAUUAUUUUGGAAAGCACAUAAUACACCUCGGUGUAUUAAGAUGGACGACAUUAAAAAAGCAUUUCCGUCGCAUAGUGAAAGUAGCAUCCGAAAACGCUUAAAACUGUGUGCAGAUUUCAAGAGAACAGGUAUGAAUUCCAAUUGGUGGGUUAUAAAGCCGGACUUCAGAUUACCAACGGAAGAAGAAAUCCGAGCAAUGGUGUCUCCAGAACAGUGCUGUUCUUACUUCAGUAUGAUUGCGGCAGAGCAAAGAUUGAAAGAUGCAGGUUACGGUGAAAAGUUCCUGUUUACUCCUCAAGAUGAUGAUGACGAAGAAAUGCAAUUGAAAAUGGACGACGAGGUGAAAGUUGCACCUUGGAAUACAACGCGAGCAUACAUUCAGGCUAUGAAAGGCAAGUGUUUGUUGCAACUGGCGGGACCAGCAGAUCCAACAGGUUGCGGUGAAGGAUUCUCUUAUAUCAGAGUUCCAAACAAACCGACAAUCAGUAAAGAGGAACAAGAAGCACAACCUAAGAGGACCGUAACCGGAACAGACGCCGAUUUAAGAAGGCUGUCUUUAAAUAACGCAAAGGCGUUACUUCGUAAAUUUGGUGUUCCUGAAGAAGAAAUUAAAAAGUUAUCGCGAUGGGAAGUUAUAGAUGUAGUUAGAACGUUGUCUACAGAAAAAGCGAAGGCUGGUGAAGAAGGUAUGACAAAGUUCUCUCGAGGAAAUCGAUUUUCCAUUGCCGAGCAUCAAGAAAGGUAUAAGGAAGAAUGUCAAAGAAUAUUCGAUUUACAAAAUCGCGUGUUGUCUUCGAAUGAGGUUUUGAGUACAGACGAAGGUGAAAGUUCAGACGAAGACAGUUCUGAUAUAGAGGAAAUGGGUAAGAAUAUAGAAAACAUGCUUUCUAACAAAAAAACUAGCACCCAGUUGUCUCUUGAACGGGAAGAGCAACAGCGACACGAGCUGCGGAAAAUGUUAAUGGGCGAUGUUCAAGAACAAGAGAAGAAGAGCAAAGAAAAGAAGAAAGAUGAUGAAGAAGACAGUCCUGUAAAUAACUUUAAUGCACAGCAAGGUAGGGUUCUUAAGAUUUAUCGAACGUUUAGAAAUUCGGAAGGAAAAGAAUUCACGAGGGUAGAAUUAGUUAGAAAGCCAGCAGUGAUAGACACGUAUAUAAAGAUUAGAAACUCAAAAGAUGAAACAUUCAUUAAACAAUUUGCGACUCUGGAUGAGGCGCAGAAAGAAGAAAUGAAGAGAGAAAAAAGAAGAAUUCAAGAACAGUUGCGUAGAAUCAAAAGAAACCAAGAAAGAGAACGUAUGCUCGGUGGUCCUAUGACAGGCAAUCAUUCGUCAUCGAAUAUAUUCGAUCGUAAUACCAGUACCCCAACUACCACAUCCUCAAACAGUAUCCUUCCAUUCUGUAGUUCUUUCCAAUCUACAUCUCCUGCUUCCAAACACCCUAAACCCGAGAUUUCUCCUUCUAAACGUAAGAAACCUAAACUUAAACCAGAUCUUAAAUUGAAAUGCGGUGCCUGUGGCAAUGUGGGCCAUAUGCGUACAAAUAAAGCUUGUCCUCUGUACCAGAAUAGUAUAACCACAGCGCCAGUAAAUGUUGCCAUGACGGAGGAACAAGAAGAAGAAAUUGAAAAACAGCUUAACACAGACGAUCAAGACCUGGUUAACGUAGAUGGUACCAAAGUGAAGUUGUCAUCUAAAUUAAUUAAGCAUGCCGAGGAAAUGAAGCGGCGUACGUUAUUACUGAAAGUACCUAAAGAAGCUGUAAACUCUAAGAAACGAAGGAGAGCUACUGGAGAUGACCACUGUGAUUACCUUAAGCGACAACAGAGACCUGCUAACAGACGUAGAACUGACCCUGUCGUUGUAAUGUCUACAAUAUUAGAAAGCAUUCUUAACGAAAUGCGAGAUUUGCCUGAUGUUCAGCCUUUCUUGUUUCCUGUUAAUGCUAAGGCUGUUCCUGAUUAUUAUAAGAUUAUACAAAGACCUAUGGAUUUACAAACAAUCCGUGAAAAUUUACGGUUAAAGAAGUAUCAGAGCAGAGAAGAAUUUUUGGCUGAUGUUAAUCAAAUUGUAGAAAACUCAACAUUGUAUAAUGGAGCAAAGAGUUCAUUAACAGUCGCAGCUAAACGUAUGUUAGAGACUUGUGUAGAAAGACUCGGUGAAAAAGAGGAUCUUCUAAUGAGAUUAGAGAAAGCUAUUAACCCUCUUCUUGAUGAUAAUGAUCAAGUUGCUCUUACGUUUAUUUUGGAUAAUGUUGUUAAUAAUAAGUUGAAAUCUAUGACGGAAGCCUGGCCGUUCUUGAAACCAGUAAAUAAGAAAUUAGUAAAAGAUUAUUAUACUGUAAUAAAAAGACCUAUGGAUCUAGAGACUGUAUCUAAGAAAGUGUCUGCACAUAAAUAUCAUAACCGACAUGAGUUUCUCCGAGACAUUGAACAAAUCUUAGAAAAUUGUACAAUAUAUAAUGGAAAGGAAUCUGUAUAUACAAAUAAAGCAGAGAUGCUUGCAAAGGUUUGCAAAGAGACCUUAGACGAGUAUGAUGAACAUUUAACGCAGCUAGAAAAUAGUAUAUUAUUAGUACAAAAACGUGCAAUAGAGCAAGCAGAUAUGGAUCCUUCUUGGCUUGGUGCAGAUGAGGACAAUUAUACGAUUGUGGAACCGGAAUUCAGAGGGAGUCAGACAAGUUCUCCAGAAAAUCCAUUUGGAAAAUCAAAUAUGGAUGACUUCGAAUUCGUGGAUGUGGAAGGAGAUCUGGAAGGUGAUAGUAGAAGUGCAAAUUUGAAGAAAAAAGAUGUUCUUGAAGAAGAUUUACAAUUCUCCAGUGAAGACGAAUUUGACGAGGUUCCAUUUGGUACAGAUGAACAAUCUGAAAAUGCUGAAAUGGAAACACUUGAAUUAAACGAAGUUCGAGAAGGUGGAGUAGUAUUGGCAGAUGAUGACAGUCAGCAAGCGGCGGAAGCAAUGGUUCAGUUGGGUAAUGUCGGUUUUUAUAUGGCGGAUCAACAAUUGCUUCAGCAAGAUGAAAGCAUGGACGUCGAUCCAAAUUAUGAUCCGUCAGAUUUCUUGUUAGCUGGGUUACCAGCGAGAGAUGAAAAAAGUGAGAAUAAGAUCCAGGAUGAUCUAGCUGUGUCGGAAAGUGAGGACGAAGCGGAAAUUAGUGCUCAACAAAAACAAAAAACACAGCAGUUACCGCAACCGGAGGAAGACGUCGGUGGCGACUUGUGGUUCUAA